AUGGACGGGUUCAACCUGGACUUACGAUACAUCACUCCAAACCUCGUGGCCUUCGGAUAUCCGGCAGAGCGGACGCUGAUAGAAAGAGUCACGAGAAACCAUAUCAAUGAAGUCAUUCGGUUCAUCAACAAGAAACAUCGUGGGAAGGUCUGCACGGAUUGCGCCUUCCUCGACCAUGGAGUGCCUUCCCUGGUCCAGGCUGGCAAGGGACGGACGGGGCUUAUGAUCUGCUGCUACCUUCCUCACUACUUCCAGCUGUACGCCUACAGACAGUUGUUCCCGUCUGCUACAGAGGCCAUCAAGUUCUACUCGUGGAGGAGGAUGAGGAACGGGGAGGGAGGAGUGUCUAUCCCCUCCCAGAUCCGUUACGUCGGUUACUUCUCCCAGCGAUUUGCUGCCAAACCCGGCCCAGCUGAGAUCAGUCGGAUCGUUAUCUCCAACUCCGAGCUGAGCAUGGGGAAGCUGCGGCUGGUCAUCUCGAUGAACAUCACAGGGUCGGACAAGGGAAACGCGUCUUCUGAGCAGAUCGUCUACAACUCAAAGGGAAAGAACGAAGGAAUGCCAAUCAACGACACGUCAAAAUACGUCAUCUUUCAUUUUGACAAACGGUUGAGGGUGGCGGGAGAUGUCUGCGUGCGGGUGUAUGGCAGGAAGUAUCAUUCCUCUCCCUUCGUCCUGGUCUGCCAGCUCUGGUUCAACACUGGUAGAGGAGGAGGAGGGACGUAUGAAGUGCUCGACAUUAUGUCGAUUUCGAUGGUGAUGGUGAUGAUUUCGAUGGUGAUGGUGGUGUUGUCAUAUUAUGAUAUGUUUGUUCAUGAUGCGUUCAAAGUUGAGUUCGGUGAUAAUGUGCUUGUUGAUGUAGAAGGUUUCAUAGAUCACACUCCGAUGGUAUUUGACAAGUCCUGCUUUGACCGCAUCCCCAAGAACCUCCGCAAGCAACUGGGCGACGACUUUCACAUUCAGAUCUUGUUUGCAGACCAGUUGCUCUCCUACCUUUUUUCUCUUCUCUUCUUCUCUGCUCUCAUCGACACCUCUCGUUUGAUAUGUCUCCUCGUCAGCAUUCCUUUCAUGAGCAUCGAGCACUCCAACGAGGUUCACGCGCCCAAGAUCACAGUAGACCAGGACAACUUGUCCCGACUCACUCAGACAAAGAGCAACCAUAGGUGA